UCGGCGCCGUUCUGGGGCGGCGACCCGGCUUGCGGCUGCACUUCCCCGUCUUCCUCUCCCUUUUCCCUCUGUGGGCCGGUCUUCUCGAGCGGAGUACUUUCGAGAACCUGGACUAGCUACUCCUUCGUUGACCGUUUUAUGUUUGUCUAGCGCGCUAUUCACCAGGUGAUUUCAAAGAACCUUACUAAAGAGGUCGGGCGUAAAUUGUCUUGGUUAGUGGGCCCGGCCGCCUCUCACUUCCUUGGGAGCGCUGAGGGUAAGUGCCUCGUCCGGAGUCACAUUUCAGGUGGAAUGGAGAGUCCUGUUUCAGUGGUGUCAAAUUUCGGUGCACUACACACACACACACACACACACACACACACAGACCACUGUCCCCUUGCCCUCGGGCUCCCACCUGGUCUCACGGUGGCUGACACACAACUUUACUCCCUGGAUUUUCUCAAGGAGUUUUGUGUGUCAGGAAGGUCAACACCCAGUUCCGCGUGGACUUCUUUCCCCUUUAUCUACCUCUAGGUCAUGUGGAAGGCAUCAUGUACCCUGGCUGCCCUUCUUUGGGAUUUUUGUGCAGAAAAUUGAAAAACCAGAUUACAUAAUUCAGGCAUUUCUUGAACCUUGCUGCAACACGACUCUCCUAACACCAUUAAACUCACCACGGUUACCACUUUAACACACCCUUGAGUGCUUACCAUAUGGUUGGGAGUCCUGCCUUAAUACAGUCAACUUCUGAAUUAUCUUCAAUUUUUGUAAUUUGUAAGCCUCCUAAGGGUUGCAGUUGUAUUUUCAUGACAUUAGUUAAUGGAGGCUUGCAAGCGCUGUUCAUUUAUUUGCUAACUAUGCCAUGAGAUAGCUGCUGCUUUUGUUUUUUUAUUUUGUUUUGUUUUGUUUUUUUAGAGGGGACAACCAAAGCUCGGAGUUAAUUAACUUCUUUCAGGUCAGGCAGCUAGUAUAGUGGAUCGGAAUUUGAACCUGAACUCUAACCUGUCUUCGGAAAGAAUGUAAAAAUGGGAAGGGAAUUCCGUUCUCAAUAUGUAAUUUUAGAUUUCUCUGUUCAAGGAGCACCUACUCUUCGGAGGGUUUUUUCUGGGCAAGCCCUAUAGUGAGAAGGACAUGUUUUUUGGUCUACCAAUAGGUGUCAGCACAUUCUGAACUUGAGCUCUUUCUGGAAGAGCCAGUUGGUAAAAUGGUAAAUACCAAUUAUUAUUCUAGAGUACUAAGGCUUGAUGUUUGGCUUUUCUGACAAAUAAAGAUUUUAAUGUUUUUAACUACCUCAUAGAGGAAUAUAUAGGAUAGUGGUGAGCAUAGCCAGAAAAGAAAAAAACACAUUCGAAGAGCUAUUAACACGACCUUUGGAGUUGAACGACUUCUUGUCCCAGAUUCCCCACUAUGUUUGUGCACCUAAGACUUGAUUGUAAAAAAAAAAAAAAAAUUGUGGUUGAAAACAGGAGCAAGCAGAGGUUGCCUCGUUUUUGUUUUUUUUAGGUGGCUCCCUGAAACUGAAGGCCAUUUUGAACCCUGCCUCUUAUUAAAUCCUGUGUGCCAAACCUUAAAUCUUGGUUAUGUUACCAUCGCAAUGGCUGCUCUUUCUUGAUUGCUGCCUGCGACGAGUGGCCAAGGCCAGCAUUAUGCAAGUUUUGGCUAAUCCCUCCUUUUAUCAAGCUUUUCAGACACUCGAGACAGGGAGAGACACCUAAAAUUUGUGCUGAUGGUACUGUGGAUUGAGACUUUCCACAACUGAUGAUACUUUGGAAAAAUCAUCCAUAGGAAACUACCCUAACAGACCCUACAUCUCAGCUUCACAGUUUACAAAUGUGGUGAGGUACUUUUGGCUUGUAUUUUAGCUCGUUGCCUCUUUUUGGCCCUGUAAUUGCUCUCUCCGUAGAAGCAGUGAAUGGAGAGUUCUCCCUAAGGUCAGCAUUUAAUUAAUUGCCUCUCUUUGGCUGCUAUAGUAUUCCAGGCAUCGAUCUUUCUAUUAAAAUUGCCUGGAGGUUGCCAGCACUUCGGACCUGGAUCUUCCAGGGACUGCCGGGAGGGAGUCAAUGAGUUGAGAAGAGGGAGGCGCCUUGUGCAGUUUACUAUCCCGGUGGGCGGUGGCCCGAGGCGCGGGACCUAUUCGGUGACUAGAUUGGGCCUUGCCCCUGUCCAUCAUCGGAAGGCUCUCCGCGGCGACUGUUUUGCAGUAAGAUUUGGAAACUGAACACCGCCUAUGGAAAAGAGGGAGGUGAGGGUAAAAGUUGUGUGUAUUUCCCCAUUCAUUGGAUGGCUGCUGCGUCAGUCAUACUCUGCCCAGUCUCGUUGGCUGGAAGGCUCCAGGCAGGUAGCGUGGACGCGGUGCUGCCCCCUCCCGAGGCGCGAACUAGGCGCGUGACGUCUCAGACAUUUGUUGUUGGGGUUUGGACCUCAUUAAUUAUUCAUUAGGUGCUUGAAAGGGCUGCAGUGAUUGGUGGCUGAGAGGCCUGGUCGAUUGUUUCUUAGCUAGAGAUACGUGUCACCCUCUACGCGGCUGGAGAAGUUUCACAUAAAUUAUCCGAUGAGGGGCGGGGCGGGGCCACGCAUAGAUUAGGCAAAUACGCCGAGGAGGGAGGGGAGGCCGGCUACGAAUUAGCCUAAGUUAUUAAAGAUGGCGGCGGAGCGGAGUCGCUCCCCGAUGGACUCGCCGGUCCCGGCCUCUAUGUUCGCCCCCGAGCCCAGCUCCCCGGGGGCGGCCAGGGCUGCGGCGGCUGCCGCCCGCCUCCACGGCGACUUCGACUCCGACUGCAGCGAGGACGGCGAGGCGCUCAACGGCGAGCCGGAGCUGGACCUCACCAGCAAGCUGGUUCUAGUGAGCCCUACAUCAGAGCAGUAUGACAGCCUACUUCGGCAGAUGUGGGAGAGGAUGGACGAGGGAUGCGGAGAGACCAUAUAUGUCAUUGGGCAGGGAUCAGAUGGGACUGAGUAUGGACUGAGUGAAGCUGACAUGGAGGCCUCCUACGCUACGGUGAAGAGCAUGGCGGAACAGAUAGAGGCUGAUGUCAUCCUCCUGCGGGAACGUCAAGAAGCUGGGGGCCGUGUGCGUGAUUACCUGGUUCGGAAACGAGUAGGAGACAAUGACUUCCUGGAGGUCAGGGUAGCAGUAGUAGGCAACGUGGAUGCUGGCAAAAGCACGCUCCUGGGGGUCCUGACACAUGGGGAGCUGGACAAUGGCCGAGGCUUUGCCCGCCAGAAGCUCUUCCGCCACAAACACGAGAUUGAAUCUGGUCGCACCAGCAGCGUGGGCAACGACAUUCUGGGCUUUGACAGUGAAGGCAAUGUGGUGAACAAGCCAGAUAGCCAUGGUGGCAGCCUGGAAUGGACAAAGAUUUGUGAGAAAUCCACUAAGGUGAUUACCUUCAUUGACCUGGCUGGCCAUGAGAAAUACCUGAAGACCACUGUCUUUGGCAUGACUGGUCAUUUGCCUGACUUCUGCAUGCUUAUGGUGGGCAGCAAUGCUGGCAUCGUGGGGAUGACCAAGGAACAUCUGGGCUUAGCAUUGGCACUCAAUGUGCCUGUCUUUGUGGUGGUCACCAAGAUUGACAUGUGUCCUGCCAACAUCCUGCAAGAAACUCUGAAGCUGUUACAGCGCCUGCUGAAGUCUCCAGGCUGCCGGAAGAUCCCUGUGUUGGUACAGAGCAAGGAUGAUGUGAUCGUUACGGCCUCCAACUUCAGCUCUGAGAGGAUGUGCCCGAUAUUCCAGAUCUCCAACGUUACAGGUGAGAACCUAGAUCUGCUGAAGAUGUUCCUCAACCUCCUCUCCCCCCGCACCAGCUACCGGGAGGAAGAGCCUGCUGAGUUUCAGAUUGACGACACCUACUCUGUCCCAGGUGUGGGGACGGUGGUGUCGGGGACAACACUGAGAGGCCUGAUUAAGCUGAAUGACACAUUGCUGCUUGGCCCAGAUCCCCUGGGUAACUUCCUGUCCAUUGCUGUCAAAUCAAUCCACCGCAAGCGCAUGCCUGUCAAGGAGGUGCGGGGGGGCCAGACAGCCUCCUUUGCACUGAAGAAGAUCAAGCGCUCGUCCAUCCGCAAGGGCAUGGUGAUGGUUUCCCCACGCUUGAAUCCCCAAGCAUCCUGGGAGUUUGAGGCCGAGAUCCUUGUCCUCCACCACCCCACCACGAUUAGCCCACGCUACCAGGCCAUGGUGCACUGUGGGAGCAUCAGGCAGACGGCUACCAUUCUGAGCAUGGACAAGGACUGUCUGCGCACCGGGGACAAGGCCACUGUGCAUUUCCGCUUCAUCAAGACCCCUGAGUACCUGCACAUAGACCAGCGGCUGGUGUUUCGAGAAGGCCGCACCAAGGCUGUGGGCACCAUCACCAAGCUCCUCCAGACCACCAACAACUCUCCGAUGAACUCAAAGCCCCAGCAAAUUAAAAUGCAGUCAACGAAAAAGGGUCCCCUGACCAAACGAGAAGAAGGAGGCCCCUCUGGAGGGCCAGCAGUAGGGGCGCCGCCCCCUGGAGAUGAAGCUUGCUCUCUCGGGGCUGUGCAGCCAGCUUUGUCCAGCAGUCUCCAGCCACAGCCCAAGCCCAGCAGCGGGGGCCGGCGACGGGGGGGCCAGCGUCACAAAGUGAAGUCCCAGGGGGCCUGCGUGACUCCUGCCAGCGGCUGCUGAAUCUCCCCUGGCCCACCCCUACCACCCGAAAGAUCCUUGUACUCUGGCCACUGUUCCACCACAUGGGCCAGAGCAGCUCUGACCACCACCCGCCCUCCCCCAGGCCACAGCUAGAGCCUCGUCAUUCCCCGCCCCCCACCCCCAUUUUCCAGGGGGGUUGUAAUUUAUAAGUUGAGGAAGGUGGCCAGACUUCUGGAGGACUGACCAUCAUCCACCUUCUUCCCUGCCUUCUUCCUUACUCAAAUUUUUUGUACAUCUGGGCCCUUAGUUUUUAUUCUUUUUAUUAUCUCUUUCUCUCUCUCGUGUGUGUGUGUGUAUGUAUGUGUGUGUAUAUGUAUGUGUGUAUAUGUGCGUGUGUGAGUGCAUGCGUGUGUGUGUGUGUGUGGUGCAUUAAGUGCAGCUGGUUAGGGCCCUGGCAGUCUUUCUCCUUUUUCCUCUGUGGCUGGCCACCAGCCUCCAGGAGCUGGCUGCCUGCCCAUCUGUCCAUCCGUCUGUGUGUCUCUGUGACAACCUUUAGGGGCUUUCAGGAGCCGAAGAGCACCCUUCUCCCCUGUGCUCAUCCUCCUCCCCUGUGCUCGCCCUCCUCCCCUGUGCUCGCUCCUCUGCACCUAGAGCCCUCCACAGAGCCGGACUCGGGGCUUAGGGGCUUCAUUAAGUGCUGCUGCCAGAGCAGGGAGCCUUCCUUCUGGGACUGGGGGGCUUUUAACAGAAUGGAGAAUGGUGGCCUCCUUUUUUCUCUCCCCUCCUUUUCCCCCCUUAAACCCCAAAACAGGUAAUGCCAAAAGCUCUUAAGCUGUAGCCAGUAGAUGUGUGGAGGGGAGUGGCACUUGGAUUGUAGGACCCUCCCUGCCCCUAACUUUGACCCUUGCCACUGACCCAAAGACAGCUGGUGGUCUUCCUUUCCCCUUGGAGACAAUCCUGUGUUUGCCUGGCCAGGCCAGGGCAACCCCUGCUGUGCUGAUUUUGAGCUGGAGGCUCUGGCCCUUAACUUUCUCUGAAUCUUCUUGGGCCUUGGGGCACUGAUGGCCUAGACUGGGAUGGGCUUGCUGUGAGUCCUGCUCACUGGCACCUCCUAUUGGUGGGGUUGUGAGGUGUUCCUCUGAGCCAGGCCAAGACUGGAACCCCUCCUUCCCCUCUACAGCCCCGCCAUGUUGCCCCAGCAUGGCUGCUACAGGAGCACAACAGGGAAGGGCCUGAGCCCCAGUUUUGGAAGCGCCACUGGGGUGGGGGGAGGGCAGGUACAGUGAAAAAGUUUCUUCCUGGCCCAGCGCAGAGCAUUAAGCUUUCUGGACGUUUCACUGCCUGGGGUGGGGGUGGGUUCGGGGUCACUCAGGCCAGUGAUGGCAGUGUGGGGCCCAGACCAGCCUGGCCCAAGCUGUGGCCAGAAGCCCUGGGUUUAGGGUGGACUGUUGGGUGGAGAUACGUUCUUUCUAGCCAGGGCAGACACCCAGCUGGCUGGGUCCUUCCUCAGCCUUGCCUCCCUCCCGUCCCCAACCCUUCUCCAUUCUUCCUGCUUCUGGACUGCUGGUCCCCUCCCCUCCCCUCCUUCCAACUAUGUCCAGUUACCACUGACCCAUGGCCAUGGACUGACCAGACCAGCACAAAAAAUAAAAGUUUGUUCUAAGUUGAUGGUGUCACGUUCCCUGCCCAGGCACCCCAGGGAGGUGCCUCCACAGGGAGCGCUGGCUGUGCCUGCCCAGAGCCCCCAACUGCAGGGCAGGGGCGGAAGCAGCCCAGCGUCCCUCAGGCUCAUGUGGCUUCAGAAUGCAGGCUCCUCGGCAGAUGUGGCACAGGACAAGUCGCCAGUCCUCCCUGAACCUAUUUCCUCAUCUGGAGCGAGAGGUAGACAACUGCCUGUGCUGUGGUGUUGUGAGGAUUUGGCGAGAGAGCGUGUGGUGAGGCUGUGCUGUGCCAGCCCUGGGAGGUGCUGCCGCACGGUCGCCGUGCCGCUUCCCGCGGCGCCGGUUCCCGGGUCCAUGGGGCGGUGGGCAGGCUCGGCGGGAGCGCGGUGGCCCUGCUGUGCUGGAUGUCUCCCUCACUUAGGCGCUUUGAUUUUGAAGCUACCAUCUGGGAGAGAGGUGGUCCAUUUUUCUAGUUAAGGCAACUGAAGCUUGGAGGAGCGGCGGCACCAGCCCUCAACCCCGGCUGUUGGUAGGCGGCCACUCUGCCCCGUGGCCUUGGGCCCCUACCUGUUCCUUUGUGUGCUAGUUCCUUCUUGCUUUUUGACCUGGUUCUGCUUAUAGGGGCUGCUGCUGCCCACUGGUGCCUUUGUAAGAGGAAGGCUCCAGCAUGAGCACCCACUGCUUUCUGUUCCCGUGGCAGGUGCCGUGGAGUCCAUGUUUCCACAGGACUUCACCAGGGUGGGACCUUGUUUGGUUUGAAAUCUUCUGCCCUUAAGAGCAUAACCACUUUCUUUACAUUUGGAAGCUGUGGUCUGUACCCUGGCCUCUGCCCUCAGAUGUGCAGGAGGUUGGUCUGGAUCUCUGUGGUCACGAGACCCACACUUGCUAGCAGGGCCUCACUGAAUACAGUGUUCUACUGUCAUUAACAGGGACUCCACAGGUCCUCUACGGGUCUCAGCCCUACCAACUCUCAGUUUGGAACAAAACACCAGCCCUUUUGUAGCUGAUAAAGAAUAAAGUUGUUAAUCAUCUCGAAUGGCCAAUCC